GCAAUGACGUUGCUCAGCCUGUAGUAAGCAGUUCUGCAGGGCGCUCCUCGGUUACCUACAGAGAGCCUCUUUUCUAAACUCUGCCCGGGAAACCAUGGCCGAGCAGGCCUCGGGACCCUCCCGGCCGCCUCAACAUGACGGGGUUCUACAGCAGCGUGAGUUCGAGCAGGAGCAGGACCGAGCCGACUUCCUGAAGCUUAAACAGCAGCUGGAGAUGGAGUUCAACCAGAAGAGGGCCAAGUUUAAGGAGCUCUAUCUGUCUAAAGAAGAGGAGCUGAAGAAGCAGGCCGCUACUCUGGAGAAGGCCCAGGCAGAGCUGAGCAGGGUGCAGGCCCAGUUGGACGAGGCUAAAGCCGAGAUGGAGACCAUCAAAGCGGUGGCCACUGUCUCUGAGAACACCAAGCAGGAGGCCAUUGACCAGGUCAAACAACAAUGGCAGGAGGAGGUGGCGUCACUGCAGGCUAUAAUGAAAGAUGCAGACCGUGAGGUGAAGGUGCAGUUCCAUCAGAAGUUGGAGCAGGAGCGUGCUCAGUGGGCUCAGUACCGUGAGGCGAUGGAGCGAGAGGUGGCCGAACUCCGCCGCCGUCUCUCUGAGGGACAGGAGGAGGAGAAUUUAGAGAACGAGAUGAAAAAAGCUCAGGAGGAUGCAGAGAAGCUACGUUCAGUAGUGAUGCCAAUGGAGAGUGAGAUUGCAGCUCUGAAGGCCAGACUGUCAAGCUCAGAAGACAGAGUUAAGGAACUGGAGGCAGCGAAGGUGAAGGAGCUCAAUCACGUCCUAGAGGCUGAGAAAUCAUGCAGAACAGACUUAGAGAUGUAUGUUGCCGUCCUGAACACCCAGAAAUCUGUCCUUCAAGAGGAUGCUGAAAAACUUCGGAAAGAGCUCCAUGAUGUGGUUCACAUGCUGGAAUUGGAGCGACAGCAGCACAAUCAGCUGAAACACACAUGGCAGCGUGCCAACGAUCAGUUCCUGGAGUCACAGCGGCUGCUGAUGCGAGACAUGCAGUGCAUUGAGAGUGUGCUGUCCUCUGAACAGCUGCGACAGGUGGAGGAAAUGAAAAAGAGGGACCAGGAGGAGGAUGAGAAGGAGAUAUUGAGUCAGGCUAAAGAGGCUAGUGAGGACGAGGGAAUAGACCAGGCUGAGGCAGUGGAGGACUCACUGCUCGGGCUCUCCAUAGAAGAGUCCCAUCUCAGCCACAGCAUCCACAGUUCCUUGCACUCUCUGGAUGCAGACACCCCGGGCCGCCCAGAUAGCUCUGACCUUUUUAAGGACGGCCUUCGGAGGGUGCAGUCCACAGACAGCCUUGGGUCUUCAGGAGGUGCUCUACAGCCUCACGGUCUGGGCGGACACAACAACAAGGCCAAAUCAGCCAGUCAGCUGGACGAGUCAGACUUUGGUCCUCUCGUGGGGGCGGACUGUGGGGGCUUUGACAGCAUGGACACCUACUCCAUAUCUUCCCUGCAACCAGGACACUUUCUCCUCACCAAGGACCAGGAGAAGGCCAUUAAGGCCAUGACCCCAGAGCAGGAGGAGACAGCAUCACUCUUGUCCAGCAUCUCUCAUACGGCUGACACGGCUUACCAGCCUCCAUCCGGCUAUCGAUUGGUCAGCGAGAGCGAGUGGAAUCUGCUGCAGCAAGAGAUGAAGAAUGCUGGAAAAAAGCUGGGUCGGCGAUGUGAUAUGUGCUCUAAUUAUGAGAAACAGCUGCAGGUCAUUCAGGGACAGGAGGCCGAGACUCGAGACCAGGUAAAGAAACUGCAGGUGAUGUUGCGACAAGCAAAUGAUCAGCUGGAGAGGACGAUGAAUGAAAAGCAGGAGUUAGAGGACUCAGUCAAACAGGCCAAUGAGGAAACCACCUUAAAGAUCACAGAGUUGCAGCAGAAAGUUCAGGAGUCUGAAUCUCUGGUCAGUGCUCUUCAGCAGGCCUUCAGCCAGGCCAAGAGGAACACCCAUGACCAGAUGGCUGUGUUGCUGCAGUCCAGAGAGCAGGUGACUGAAGAGCUGAACCGUUUGCAGAGAGAUAAUGAGAGUCUUCAGGGUAAACACAGACUUCAUGUGACACUGCAACAGCAAGAGGACUUUCACAUGCCAACCACUGUACAGGAACUCCAGCAGCUGGUGUUGCAGUACAGAGAGGACAUUGUUUCAGUCAGAACGGCGGCAGAACAUCUGGAGGAGAAGCUGAAGGCAGAAAUAUUGUUCCUGAAGGAGCAGAUUCAGGCAGAGCAGUGUCUGAAAGAGAACCUGGAGGACACAUUACAGGUGGAGAUUGAGGGCUGUAAAGAAGAGAUCGCGUCUUUUUCCAGCUUGAAAAUGGAACUGGAAAGAGUGAAGUGUGAAAAAGAACAGCUGGAGAGCAGCUUGGCAGAGAAAAGCCUGACUUUGGAAAGUGUACAGGGUCUAAAGAACAGUCUGGAGGAACAGCUGAAAGAUGCUCUCAGCAACAAGGGUGCUUUGGAGAGUCAAGUGUUUGAAGAGAAAGAUAAGGCACAGCGGCUGCAGACAGAGCUGGAUGUCAGUGAGCAGGUCCAGAGAGACUUCGUCAAGCUGUCCCAAACUCUUCAGGUGCAGUUGGAGCGGAUCCGGCAGGCAGACUCAUUACAGCGGAUCCGGGUCAUCCUCAACGAUACCAACUUCACAGACAUCAGCCAGCUUCCAGAGACAUGAUGUCACUUCCUUGUUCCCACUCUCACAUAUAAACACACAUACUCGCAUACACACUUCACCUAUACUGCACAUCUUUAGCCCAACUUCAUCACUGGCUCCCACAAGAACUCCUCUAGCCAAUCAGAACAGGCACUGGGGAGUCUGGGGUGGGCUGGGGUUUUUAUAAAAAUCUGUAGUUAAAGAUGAAACUAACUGAGUGAGGAAGACUGAGACAAACUGCAAUUCUUGGAGAACACUACUGCUAUUGAAAUGCUUGUAAAUACAUUUGCAAGGCGGUCAAAAAAGACUGAAGACCUAGCUCCAGUGAAGGUUUGUGUCUCAUAAUGCAGUUCUCCACUGUGGAUCCGGAAAAAGCAUUUCAAUAAGUCCACUUCUUUCAAUUCAGGAAAUGAGAGAAAAUGUGUCCAUGAUAAACAACCAUUCCCUGACCCUACCAAA